UUUGGCGCCAAAGAGCGGAGGCGGAGGCGGAGGCGAGAGCCUGGCGCUGUAGGACUUAGAACGAUCUAAGGAGUGAGGCGGCCGAGAGCGCAGAUACCGUUUUGGCGUGAGAGCUGGCAGUUGGCAAGGCGGGAGAAGUGGAAAGCGUCCGCCAUGUUCUGCGAGAAAGCCAUGGAACUGAUCCGCGAGCUGCACCGCGCGCCGGAAGGGCAGCUGCCUGCCUUCAACGAGGAUGGACUCAGACAAGUUCUGGAGGAGAUGAAAGCUUUGUAUGAACAAAACCAGUCUGAUGUGAAUGAAGCGAAGUCAGGUGGACGAAGUGAUUUGAUACCAACUAUCAAAUUUCGACACUGUUCUCUGUUAAGAAAUCGACGCUGCACUGUAGCAUACCUGUAUGAUCGCUUGCUUCGGAUCAGAGCACUCAGAUGGGAAUAUGGUAGCAUCUUGCCAAAUGCAUUACGAUUUCACAUGUCUGCUGAAGAAAUGGAGUGGUUUAAUAAUUAUAAAAGAUCUCUUGCUACUUAUAUGAGGUCACUGGGAGGAGACGAAGGUUUGGACAUUACACAGGAUGUGAAACCACCAAAAAGCCUAUAUAUUGAAGUCCGAUGUCUAAAAGACUAUGGAGAAUUUGAAGUUGAUGAUGGCACUUCAGUCCUUUUAAAAAAAAAUAGCCAGCACUUUUUACCUCGUUGGAAGUGUGAGCAGCUGAUCAGACAAGGAGUACUGGAGCACAUCUUGUCGUGACCAUGCACUGAGGCCCUCCCACCCAGGCUUCACCCAACUCGUGGAUGCCUCUGUACUCACUCUCUCCACCCUCCCUUCACCUCCCUCUUUGAUUUUACAAGCUAUAGACAUUGUUGAAGGUAACUAAGAAUACUUGGCUAAGAAGUAUAAUUUGCUAUUAAAGACUUUCUUCUUUUUUUAAUGUUGUACGCUAUUCUUCCUACUCCUUUUUGGUUUUGGUUUUGCUUUGUUUUGUAGAAACAGUUUCUCACUAUGUUGCCCAAGCUGGUCUCAAACUGCUGGCCUCAAGCAGUCCUCCCACCUUGGCCUCUCAAAGUGUUGAGAUCACAGGUGUGAGCCACUGCUCCUGGCCCCUACUCCUUUUUCUAAUAAGCUGUAUCUAUAAUCACAGCAUUCCUACACAGUUUUGUUACAGUGUGUUUUUUAAAUGAAAGUAAACAUGGUUACAUUUGAAUCUCUUAAAUAAUCAGUCACUUGGCUGGAUAGGAAGAAGGUAGAUCCUGUGUGUCUUGUUUUCUCGUCAUGUGUAUUGUACAAGCUAGAGAGCUGAAUUUCUGAGAUACACAUUUUCAUAUCACAUGAGCAAGUGAAGAUGAUGGUCUGUAGAAAUUUUCGGUAUAUGUAAUGUUUAAUGACAUACUAAUUUAUCACCUGGAUAUUUGGAAAGAAGGACACACAUGGAUUUUGCACAUUUCCACCAUGGUGGCUGGUGUGGCUUGUGGCUGUGGGAUGAUCACCAGUAUCACCACUUUGGAAAGGGACAGUGAAAUUGGGGCUAGAGAAGGAACUUUGUACAGUUUUCCCUGAGAUUCAGAUUGACUGAAAAGUCACAUGAGGAGUUGAUUGGCUUUUUCAAUGGUUUUUUUUUUUUUUCUGAGAUGGAGUCUUGCUCUGUCGUCCAGGCUAGAGUGCAGUGGUGCGAUCUCAGCUCACUGCAAGCUCCGCCUCCUGGGUUCACGCCAUUCUCCUGC